CCUCUUCAUACCAUCAACAGCAAGCAGCAGCUCUUGAUUGGUUCCUCCCCCCCUGCAUCAAAGCACCUCCAGUGGUCUCUUUGCAGGCCUCUGUGUUGGAUGCUCAUUUCUUCAGCUCAAGAUUUCAAUUCAAACAUGUCUUCUACUCUAAGCAAGAGUCUUGGUUUUUCCUCUGCUUUGAAGAUGGAGGAAGAAGAGACUAUGGUUACCAAGAAACAGGGGAUUGUCUCCAUUCUGGAGUCCGAGAGUGAUCGGCCGGUGACUAAAGCUUCUUCGCUUAGGAGAACUCUCUCAGCUGAUAUGUCCUCCAAGAAAUGGCGAACUCAACAUGGCUUUUCUCCAAUGAAAAAAAUUGCAUCUUCAGAGGAGUUCUCAGACGCCAUCGCGGAUUCGUCUUCCUCUGAAGAAGAAGAUGAAUAUGAAGAGAGGAAGGAGCAAUUCAACCUCUGGGCCUCUAUCCAAGAGGAGAAGAACAAAAAGGAGAGUGAAAAACCAGGGCACUUGGAUACAUGGAGCUUGAUUAUCUCACAAAAGUCACAGGAUGACACUUCAAAAUCACUUCCUCCCCCUUACAUUCACCCUCUUGUGAAAAGAUCAGCUUGCUCUUUGAGCAGAAAAAGCCUCGAGAUUUGCACUGAGAGUCUCGGAUCCGAGACGGGUUCUGACGGGUUUUCGUUGUACCCGCCGGCGGAGACCGGGCACUCAGACGAAGACAAGGCGGAAGAACAAGAACUGCCGCAUGAGAAACAAGACAGAGGGCAGUUUGAUUGUGAGGGACCAAGAGUGCCCAAGUACAACUACGGUGCGGUCGGGAAGAAAGCACCGCAACGAUCUUUCCCUCCGCCAAUUCCUUCUCUUUCUCGCAACGACGGGGCCUCCGUUCGCAUGACGACCCGUCGUGAUAAUGGUAGACUGGUUCUGGAAGUCAUCUCUGUUCCUUCACAUAACAACUUCCACGCCCAACGCCAAGAUGGCCGCCUUGUUCUCACCUUCGCCAACACGACUCCUGCUCAAGCAGAGGAAGAUACAAACGAAGAAUUAAAUGAAUUGGAUGAGCUUGUAGAGGAAUUUGGGAGCUCGGGAGAGAAAAAUGAAGGAGAAGAAGAAGAAGAAGAAGAAGAAGAAGAAGAAGAAGCAGAGAAUGAAAACAGGGGAGGAAAAGAUGAAGGAUUCGUGAUGGAGGAGGUGCCGAAAUUCUCAAGUGGGUUUAUAAAUGUCCAUAGGCUAGCCCUAAUGAUGAACAAGCCCAUUGGUUUAGCUAAUAGGAAUCCAACAUGGCCCGGCAAGAUUAAUGAAAAAGUAGUUAAGUUGGGAGAGGAGGAAGACGAGGAGGAGGAGGAGGAGGAGGAGGAGGAGGAGAAAAUUGAUCCAACCCCACCCCUGGCACAAUCACUGCCGCUACGACCACCGGUGGGCCGGAUGAUUCCAGCACCGCAGUCAGCGGUGGGCGGGGUGGCCUCGUCUUUGAAUGCUUAUGAGUACUUUUGGAGGCCCAAGAGCAUGACAUCAGUCCUAAACCCAAAUCCCCAGUAUCAAACCCAACUCAGAAACUCCAAAAAUCCAGUGGCAGAGGAGCAGCAAUUGAGAGGGAACAACUUGGUUCCUUUAUUAAAUGGCUGCAAAGAGCCCAAGAAGUCUCUUCUGUGGAGGGAGCCCCACUGCAUUGCCACUACUUGAUUUUUUUCCAUAAAUCCUAUCCUUGUGCUAAUUCAAGCAUAUAAUUGUUAUUAUUGUUAUUAAACUAGCAUGAUAUAUAUAUAUAUAUAUAUAUAUUUAUAUUUUUUCCUCUCCUUGUUUUUUCCACUUACACUCUCUUUGAGAGUGUUUGUGUUGACAAAUAAAGGACAAGAAAAGGGAGAGAUAUUGUUUGUUUAAGAAGAUUAGGGGAAAAGAAAAAAGGACAGAGAGAUGACUUACCAGUGUUUUAUUAAUUAUUACAUGUUUGUGUAUGAAUAUGACUAUGAAUAUAAAUUUGAUGAUUUA